GCAGAGGGAUGAACCCAUGCCAGCUAUUCGGGAAAGCAUGGAUCCCCGACCGGAAGAUAAGCAGGUGGAUAUGGAGCCGCUGCGAUCGCUGGUGCGGCGCCAGAGCCCCAGGGGGUUUGUCAUUAAUCGGGCUCCCAAAGUUAAAUUUGGUGGAGGUGGUAAGCAGAAGCAGAUGGCGCCUAUGAAGGAGACUGCCAGCCCGGCUCUCAGAGGAAAGAAGGGGGUGCGUCGGCCUCAGAACACGGUGCGAUCAGGUCGGGGGUCACCUACCCAAGCAGUUGUGGCUCUGGCAGUUGGAAUAGUGGAGCAGUCCCGGCGUCAUCGACUCAUCCUUGAGCAGGACUUGGACGAUGACAUGGCGGACCUGCCCCAGCCGAAGGAGCAGGCCAUUCCACUCGGCCAACCGACGAGUCGGGACACCCAGCCUUGCCCUGACCAGGUGUGGAAAACAGAGGGUCCAAAUACCGGGACUGCGAAGCUGGUGAAGAGGCGCUUGCGUCGCAACGCCUCCAAGGUUGUUGCAGCUGACGUGGGUGGUGUUGUUGAUCCUGCUCCACUGCCAGUCGCUGAACCUCGUGGUGCUCGGAAGUCCCGCCAAGUUCGUGUGGUGCAUGGGGAGGAGAUCCAUGAGCAGGGGGAUAAAGCUAUUGCUCCCCUUCCCACUUCCCACAAAGGUGCUAUCUCGGCUGGUGAGGAGGCUGAUGAAUCACCUAGCGGGGCAAGUGAGGCUGGUGAGGGCGCCCGAUGCGGUGAAGUUGAGGGAGGAUGGCUCGCCCGUGCUAAGUGACUCGGAGGGCUCGGGGAUGGGUAUUGAUAAUCAAUGCUUCGAAAUUAGAAAACGUGUCCCGGUCUCCGCCUCGGUGGGAGCUGGUCGGGGAAUUUUGGGGAAGGUCUCCCAAGUUGUAGCGUCUUUCGAGGCUGGAUUGGCUAUUGAUCAAGGUAAAAUGGAAUCGGGUAUGGUCAAAGGCGAGGUAGUCCGUUCGAAUUCGGAGCAUAAAGGAGUGCAUGAGGA